AUUCUUCAUUCUCGAUCGGGUGCCUGCAGCGCUGCCUCUGGCUGUUCAAAAUUUCUUAUUUCUUUCUUUGCAACUAAACCUCUGCAGUAAGUCAUUCUCUUGUCGUGGCGGUUAGGGCUUUUUUAAAUUCUCUUGAUUUUCCUUUUCGCCAAUUUUCUUCCAAUUACGGCAAUCGUUUGGGUAUAUUGAAGGGGUUGUACUUGUCUAAAAAUGCAAGGAGGGAGGGGCAGCAGGGAUCCGUUUUCUAAUUUUGGUGAUCCCUUUGGUGGUUUUGGGGGCUUUGGUGGGUUUGGGAGUCAACGGAGUUUGUUGUCCAAUUUUUUUGGUGGAAGGGACCCAUUUGAUGAUCCUUUCUUUACACGUCCAGUUGGAGGCAUGUUUGAGUCAAGCUUUUUUGGUUCUAGUGGUAGCCCAUUUGCUAGCAUGCAUCCAUCUGCAUUUCUUGAGCAUCAAGCUCCAGAUCCUAAAUUGUCUAGGGGUCCAAUUAUUGAAGAAUUGAACUCUGAUGAUGAAAUGGAUGAAGCUGAUAAAGACAAGAAAGAGAAUCCAAGAAAACAUGGUAGAUCAAGCAAGGGUCCGUAUGUUGAGGACCCAGAUGAUGAUGAUGCUGAAGGUGAAGAGAGAAAGAACAAGCACUUGCAGUAUAUAAAUGGUCGUAACAGGUACCCGGUCAUGGAGCACCAGCCCCAAACUCGCAGCUUUACUUUUCAGAGCUCUGCUGUAACAUACGGUGGUUCCAAUGGUGCUUAUUAUACUUCAUCGAAGAGUAGGAGGACUGGGAGUGAUGGGGUGACAAUUGAAGAAAGCAAAGAAGCUGAUAGUGCUACAAGGCAAGCAGCUCACAGGAUUUCUAGGGGACUUAAAGGCAAGGGUCAUACCCUUGAAAGGAGGCUUAAUUCAGAUGGUAAGGUGGAUGCCAUGCAGACCUUGCAUAAUAUCCAAGAAGAUGAGCUUGCUGGUUUUGAAGAAGCUUGGAAAGGAAGUGCUAGACAGUGUCUUCCUGGCUGGAGUGGGAGUUUCAGUGGCCAUGAUAGUAUCGGUGCUAGCAUUGGCGGACAGAAUGCACAGGCAAGCAGGGGAGGUUGGGCGCUUCCAUCCACCGAGCAUGCACAGCAUUUGAAUAGGACUGUAGCAGAUGCUAGAGACAGGGCAGGGUCUUCUGGGAUGCAGCACUCAGGAGGAAUGAAAGGUUAUUCGGACGUGAAAGGCAAGAAUGGAUAUUCUCUAGGGAGAACUAGAGAUUAAGGAGAUUCUUGAAGAAUGUAUGCAGCCUUCUUCGGGGGCUUAUCCACUUUAGUAGUCUGAGAAUGGGUCACAGGAAAUAUUAUUAGUAGCAUUUUGAUAAAUUUGGUUUUACCGUGACUGCAUUAGCACCGGCAGAUGAGGUGCUUAAUGUGUUGGUUCAAUAUAGUCUGCAGUUAUAUCCCAGGAGGAUUAUACCUGCCUACUUCUGAUACCGUUUUAACUCAUUAUAUUGAAUGCAUUCUACGCUAUCAUUUGGUUUUGUGUAGCA